AUGAUCGAUUCAAAACAUGUGUUAUAUGUUUCUACAAUCUGCUAUCUUUACAUUUUUUAUAUUUUAGUGAUCAAUCCUUUUGUGAAUGAAAAUAGUAAACAAGAAGAUUUUAUUAUUAUGAUAUCUGGUUUACUGUUUAGUGUUAUUUUUUCAAUUUAUUAUUUUUUAAAAAUUAAUAUUUUUGCUUUAAAAUAG